GCCUGUCUUCUGUCUUCUACACACAGAUCCACGAGGAGAGGGGCUACGCACGAUCGUCCUAAAAAUUAAAGCCAUGUCUGCCGAAACUUCUACCCAUCACAUGAACGGAGACGUCCCUAGGACCUUCCUGUUUACGUCAGAGUCCGUGGGAGAGGGACAUCCAGAUAAGAUCUGUGACCAGAUCAGUGAUGCAAUCCUGGACGCACAUUUGAAGCAGGAUCCUAAUGCGAAGGUCGCCUGUGAAACUGCCACAAAGACUGGAAUGAUCCUGCUGGCUGGAGAGAUCACAUCCAAGGCAGUGGUGGACUACCAGACUGUUGUCCGCAAUGUAGUCAAGAGGAUCGGAUACGACUCCUCUGACAAGGGUUUUGAUUACAAGACGUUGAACCUCCUGUUGGCGAUUGAGCAGCAGUCGCCAGAUAUCGCACAGGGAGUGCACGAAAGUCGUAAUGAGGAAGACAUCGGAGCUGGGGAUCAGGGUUUGAUGUUUGGCUAUGCCACUGAUGAGACAGAGGAGUGCAUGCCCCUGACCUGUGUCCUGGCUCACGGGCUGAACAGGCGGACAGCGGAGUGCCGAAGGAACGGGGAGCUGCCCUGGCUGCGCCCUGAUACUAAGACCCAGGUGACAGUUGAGUACCGUUUCGAGCACGGAGCCUGCAUCCCCCUGCGAGUUCACACCAUCGUGAUCUCGGUCCAGCACGACGAAACCAUCACCACCGAGCAGCUUCGCAAGGACCUGAAGGAGCACGUCAUCAGCAAGGUGGUUCCCAAGGAGCUGCUGGAUGACAGGACCGUGUACCAUCUCCAGCCUUCUGGCAAGUUUAUCAUCGGUGGCCCACAGGGAGAUGCUGGUUUGACCGGCAGGAAGAUUAUCGUGGACACGUACGGAGGCUGGGGUGCUCACGGCGGCGGUGCCUUCUCCGGGAAGGACUUCUCUAAAGUGGACCGUUCCGCUGCCUACGCCGCUCGCUGGGUCGCCAAAUCGCUGGUCAAGGCUGGGCUGUGCCGUAGGGUGCUGGUCCAGGUGUCCUAUGCCAUCGGCAUUGCUGAGCCCCUGUCCAUUAGUGUGUUCUCCUACGGCACGUCCCAGAAGUCUGAGGACGAGCUGCUGGAAAUAGUGAAGAAGAAUUUUGACCUGCGUCCUGGCAUCAUUGUCAGGGAUCUGAACCUGAAGCGGCCGAUUUACGAGGCGACCGCCUGCUACGGUCAUUUUGGGCGCGACGACCUGCCCUGGGAGCAACCGAAGAAGCUGGAGAAGUAAAACUCCACAUCAAGCAUGCACAUUGAGAUGCUUCUUUUUGCAUACCUCUUACUUAGUAUAGCAAGACUUAGAAGAACCGUAGACCUUCCACUUAUAAAGCAAUUGUAUGAAGUGUAUGUAUGCAAGUCCAAUUCUACAAGUUGAAGAAAGGAAAUCAGGAUCAAAUACUGUGCACUAUGUUGGGUACUCGAAUACUGGUUCUUGAGCGAGUGGAUGUCUGGUUUGUAGAGAAUGUUAGCAGACAAGUGCUCAUACAGAAAACACUUGUCGAUAAAUGCUGCUUUGUCUACAACCAGGCCGAACCAUUCAGCGGGUUGUGGCAGGGUGGUCCGUACAGAAAACACCCGGCAACGCUCACCCCCCGUGACUGGUCGUGGCGCAGUCCACCGCCUUCGAGAGCCAGUAGUCGAUAGGUAGGGCUAGACAGGGCGCUUUGGGCCUGAACCAUUCCGCUGGGAAAGUUGGAGUUACUAGCGGGUGUUACUACAGAAAUCGCCCGCUUGUGCUGCCCCCUCCAACGGAUAAUAUGUGCUGCUGCCAAUCCCCCUGGCUAGCCCUCCCUCAGUCAAACUGGUAUUCAAAUCAAAUGUUGUAUCGCCUGUGAUAUGAUACGAGUUAUAUAUGAUGAUAUUAUGUUUAACACAAAAGUGUUUGUACGGAAUGAAAUAUAAUCGUUGUUGACCUAAAGCUGGCUGCAUAUUUGCAUGUAACGUUGGUUAUGUGAGCUUUAUUGUACCAUGUUAUAAGAAGCUAGGAUGGAAAACAUAGUCCAUGGGAUAAGUUGUAAGAAAGUAGCUUGUGGCCAGUUUUAAGUCACUAAACAUUGCAAAUUGAUUCUCUGUGUACACGCUUUGUACUAUGUACUCACUAUGUACUAUGUACCCUUACUAACAUGCCUUAACUUGUUCUUUGGAAGGAGAAAAAAACACUGAAGAGUGAAGGAAACACAAUUACAAUGUAUUAAACAAACACAUACCAUUGCUAGAACAAUUAGCAAGAAAAUGCCAUUAUUUCCUACCUAAUUGUAUACCUUCAUUGUCGUUGCCAUGUUGUCAGAAUUAUACAAAUCACGGGAUCAUAAGAAAUACCUUGUUGCAGAUACUGCUGUUCACUCUUGCCCUUUGCACUGUGGGGUUCAGAGGGGGUCGUUGACCCAGGGGUCAUGCCCUAUUGACCCAGGGGUCAUGCCCCCUUGUCUACAGAUGUACCCACAUGCAAUAUGCAUUCCAUAUAUACUGUAGGGAUGGAGUGGUAUUGUCUGUAACUCGGAGUAGGUGAGGUGGAAAUUAGCAAAAACAGUUUCCAGGGGAUGGAAUACAACGGAGCAAGGGAUAUGUGUGAAAUGAAAUUCUACAAAGAGUGAAAAAAGUCAUUCUCACUAGAGCUAUAUUAAGUAUGUCGGUAAGACCUCAAAUAGUUCACUGCAUUCCCUCAUAAACUCCUGCCUGUUCCAGCCCAAGCCCUGUCACACAUAACUGAAUAUGGCCGCCCAAACACUGCCGAACUCCGCUAAAUAUGGUUAGGAGUAGGUAGGGAGCAAGAUUGUUUGUGGUUGGCAGACUUUCGGCAAGAUUGACUGUUUGGCUGCACCAACCAAAUGUUGCUAAAUGUUUAAAACAUUCGACAGUGGACGGGAGGUUUUGCCAUGGUUGGGAGUAGAUAGGGUGAGGUUGGCAGUCAAAUUUGACUCAGAUUUAACUCAAAUUUGAUUCGUAUCGAAAGGUAGGCAUGGCCUAAAUCUGGCCAGACUGCUCCUGAAUUUCAGCCAACCUUUGUCGGCUGGUGUUUGGGGAAGGUUCUGAAUGUGUGACGGGCUUUACUAAAACCAAGGACAUUAUGUGUAUAAUGUCCGUGCUAAAACUUAACCCUACCCCUGCUGUGUAACCCAAGAGCUGAUACAAGUGUAGUGCCAAAGGGUUGUCACAGCAGGGCAAGGGUUAAAACCAGGAGUGCAAAGAACGUAGCCCCUGGAUGGAGGAAUAUGUACUGUUUUUUGUAGUACAUGGUGAAAAGUCUGGAUAAAAUAUAUCAUCUCAAGCAAA